AUGGUUGAAGAUAGUUAUGUUAGUAGGAAGAGAAGUUUAUCAGUUGUUGUCGAUUACGAUAGAAAAAUGUAUUUAUUUGGUGGAUGGUUAAUAAAUAAUGAAUAUACGAAUGAUAUGUUUAUUUUAGAUACAAUAAAUUUAAGUUGGAGUUCAUUAAAUGCAACCGUUCCAAUGGUUAAUUAUGGCGCAACUCUAUUACCUAAUAAAAACAUUAUUUAUAUAGGUAUGGUUUACUUGUACGAUACUAUUAAUGAUAAAUGGAGUAUAAAAAAAACUUCUGGGCCAUCAAUACCUUCGAAAAGAUAUGGUUUAUCUGUCGUCCUCGGGUUAGAUGGUAAACAAGUAAUAAUUUUUGGAGGGAAAGAAAAUACUAUUAUUAAUCCUAAAAAAUCAUUAUAUAAUUUAAAUAUAAACACUUUUGAAUGGUCUAUUCCCAAUGUUUCUGGAGGAAUCUCAAAAAGUCGAUAUUAUCAUAAAGCACAUGUAAUUGGAAAAUAUAUGGUUAUAUCAUUUGGAAUGGGUUAUAACAAAUCAAUUGAAAGUGAUAUAUUAUUACUUGAUAUUAAUAACAAUAAUGAAUAUAAAUGGACGUCAAUAUUUGAUCCUUCGACUCCUCCAUCGCCAUCUUCCCCAUUUUUACCAUCUUUACGACCAUCUACUAAUCCUAAAACUUUAUCAAGAAUUACACCAGCAGCUAUGGCUGGUGCAAUUAUUGGAACUUUGUUUGACGUUAUAUUAUUAUCGUUUGGAAGUUAUUUUUUAUAUAAAUGGAAUAAAAAUAAUCAAAAUAAAAAACAUAUAACAAGAACAAUUUUAAUUCCUCAUAGUUAUAGUAAUUGUUAA